GUGAACAACCAGUUUGACAUGGUACCGCGAUAAUAACAAUGUUGGGGCAGAAAGUUAAUUAACUUCACAGAUGUGUUUUUUUUUGUUCGUACUCAGCAGAGGAAACAGAAGUGUUACCUUUAUAGUUGUCGUCGCUAGUAGCAGAAAUGUAACGUUAACACUGUUUGGAGCGGACGUCGUAAAUGAACUUAAGGAACUUUGGUAACUGAUCCUGCAAAGUUUGUUAAAAAUGAAUAACGUGUAGCGUAUACUGAAAAACAACGCCGUAAAGUUAGGUUGUGGUAUAUUCAACAGGACGUUUUAUUCUACUUCUCAUGUUUUCACAUAAACAACUUCAUCAAGUGACGGUGGCAGAUCAUGUCAGCAUCAACAGCAGCAGCCAGCGGGUUAAACACAGCCGCUCCCCUUCAGCCUCCUGCGCUUCUUGUGGCAACACCACCACGGUCCGGUUGCAGCCUAUCCGCGCCACGGUGCAGUACCAGCUUUUGCGUGGAAAUCAACACAGCCCAACCCGCUCCGUUUCCUCCUCCUCCUCAGUAGCCGGGAGCAACACAGGACCGACGAAGUCCCGUUGCUCCAGUUCCGCCAACCCGAGUGCAAGCGGCACGGACGGUAGACUGGUCCCCGGGCGGAGACCUUCACCGCCGGACAGCAACAGCCCACUGAACGCUUUCCCUACGCGCCUGUUUCCAAAGAGCCAAAAGACAAAGUCACAGGAAGUAGGUAGUUUGGGGGCCACUGAGCGGACUUCCUCCUUGGGCACCAUCACUUGGUCCUACCUCACAGGACACUUGCUGCACGUCAUCGACCCAAGACUUGAUGUCGGAGUGACGAAAACGGGAAAGAAGAGGAGCACCGACCAGCGCUCUGCGUCCUGGGGCAGUGCUGACCGGCUCGAAAAGCAGAUUGCAAAGCUUCAGCAGCAGCUCCAGCGCGGUGAACCAGGAGGACACCACAGUGAAGACAAAGACCAACUGUCCCCCCCUCCAGAACAACACCAUCGCCCACUCCAUCCUCACCAGCACCACCAACCACACCUCCACAGCCAACCACGUUCAGGUAGCGUUCUGCCUGAAAACCUUUAUCACUGUCCUGAAGAUUUAAGGACCAAGCUCAGAUUGAAAUAUUCAGUCACAAACACCUUGUUGGCAUCAGACGUUGUCAUGACAGUACUGAUGACGCAAGAUGUCAUUCCUGAGGUCCUGGUUAAGCACUUUUCCAUGUCGAAGUCGGCCCAGAUGCCGCUGUCCAACAUCACAGUGCCAAAGCCCUCCAUCUCACGGGUGCCCAGCAGCAUGGAGGGCAUCAACCAUGAGCUGGAGAAGGUCUUCAUCAAAGACAACGGAGAGAAGGAGGAGCUCAAGUCCCUGGAGGUUCCUGAUGGGCGGCGAGCACCCUUCCCUCCCCAGCAGCGCAGCAGCAGCACUCGCAGCAUGGACACCCAGACUCCCUCAGCCCCCGGCCGGUCCAGCAGCUGCUCCAGCCUGUCGCCUUGUCCCUCGCCAGCUUGUCCCCCAGGAUCACAUGACGGCAGUCCCUACUCCACAGAAGAUCUACUGUACGACCGCGAUAAAGACAGUGGAAGCAGCUCACCACUGCCCAAGUUCGCCUCCUCGCCCAAACCCAACAACAGCUACAUGUUCAAGCGAGAGCCACCAGAGGGCUGUGAGAAGAUUAAAGCUUUUGAGGAGAUGAGCUCAAGGCAGUCCACAUCGGCGUCAGUCCCCCUCUUCUCCUGCCCCGACAAAAACAAGGUCAACUUCAUCCCGACAGGUUCGGCAUUCUGCCCCGUCAAACUCCCCGGCUCCCUGCACCUCAUUCCGGCCUCAGAGCCCGAAGAGGACGACGCGGAGGCGGGCCCCGGCUCAGAGCCCCAAGGGGGUACACUGCUCUAUGGCGCCCCCUCUCAGGUCUCCACGAGCACCAGCACAGACGACCCUGCGGAGGAGCCCAACAUGCCCUCAGAGACUGCAGACCCCCAGACAGACAGCCCAGCCAUCAGCUAGACCUGAGCAGAGCUGGCCUCUGGCUCCGGGAUACAUGCUAGCAACCACCAACCAUCACCACUAACUGUCCCACCAACACCUCCCUCUGCUCUGCCAGGGGGGUUUCCGACUCUCUGUGCUGACCCCCUCCAUUCCCUUCUAUCUCUGCAUGACGUAGCAACAAUGUCCUGAUUAACCACCACCACAAAGACUUGCCACCUUAAUGUCCUGUCCUGCAUCAUGCACCUGUUGUUGGUAGAGAAGGACCUGAUGGUUUAAGGUUUUCAUAUGCAGGCAUCGGAGGGAGGAAUGGAGUACUUUGGAUGGGGGGGGGGGGUUAAACCUGUAGUUUAUUUCUGAUUAAAUUAUGUGUUGAUUUCUGUUUCAACAAUCACAGUAUGAAUAAGCUCUCUCUCUCUAUCUCCCUAUUAAUACAUAUAUAUAUAUAUAUAUAUAUAUAUAUAUAUAUUAGGGCUGUCAAGUGAUUAAGAAGAUUAAUCUAAUUAAUUACAUGCUUUGUGAUUAAUUAAUCUACAUUAAUCGCGUAUCAAUAUAAUAUUUGCUUAGUUAAAUGGUGCACCAUAAAAUAAAUGUACAGAUGUAAACAGAAGGUCGGUGGUGCUGCAGUUCCAUCAGUGCAUCUGUCCCUGCACAGUCUCUGCUUCAUGGUGUUGUCCCACUUUACCAGUGUGUCAUGUUUCAAGUUGUCGGUCAACUUGACAAACGUAGUUUUCCCCGCACUGAGAGCAGAACAUACAGUCCAUGCCGGUCCUUUCUUUGCAAUAUAUCAGCCACGUGAACUGCGUGAGCCGUUCCUGUUGGAAACAAAAAGAGUAUUUAUAGAGAGGACAUAGACAGGUGACUUCCCACAUUCUGUAUCGGGACAAGGGGCAUCGUAGAGUGCAAUUAAUCUGUGUUAAUUUUUUUUUGAUGCGUUAUUUUUUUAUAAUUAAUUAAUCAAAAUUAAUGUGUUAGACAACCCUAUAUAUAUAUUAUAUAUAUAUAUACAUAUAUAAUAUAUAUAUAUGUACUAUAUAUAUACACACACACACACACACACACAUACAUACAUACAUAUAUAUAUACAUACAUACAUACAUAUAUACAUAUAUACUGUGUGUAUAUAUAUACAGACAAAUGUGUGUAUAUAUAUAUAUAUGUAUAUACAUAUGUAUGGACACUAUAUAUAUAUAUAUAUAUAUAUAUAUAUAUAUAUUUAUAUGUGUGUGUGUGUGUGUGUGUGUGUGUGUGUGUGUGCACAUAAUAUAUAUAAAAAAGAAAAAUGCUUGUUAAAAAGUACAGAACUGUGUAUUGCUGUGUUAUGUACUGAACAAGAAAAAUAGCUGUACUCUGUAUAGAUUAUGUUUACACUGUCUGGAUCACAUUAUCAAAGCCUGUCUAAAAAAUGCCAAGAGCAAAUAAUUUGGGCAAAGACUAAAAAAUAGAAAAUGGCCACAAAUUGGUUGCACAGUGUCUGCAUCUGGCCUUGCUUCAGGUAUUUCACAAUCAGAGUCUAUACUCAGGUAAUUUGGAAUGUAUGUCCAUUCAGAUAUCUGCAGCUGGACAAAGCAGAGCAGAUUCACUGUCACUUUCUCCUGGUUUUUCUCAUUCCCAGACAAAUCAUUCCUUUCUGAUCAGAGCCCAGUCUGAGACUGGACCUGACACAGGAGCUGCAGAGGGUGAAGGGCUGGUGGUGGGAUACUGUAUGGACCACACACACUAGGACUGGUGGCAUAUAUGGCUGUGUGUGUACUGAUGGAAGCAUGCUGGACAGAGACUUGGAAGACAUACAGUGGCAGUCUGUAAUUUAAGUCUGAUGACAAUUAGUGGCUGUUGACAAGUGGUCAAAUCUGCAGUACCAUCACAGGACAAUACAAUCAAAGCAUUUGGUUCUAUAUGUGUGCUGAUUGGAGGUUGAGUUGUAUAAACAUUUUUCUAAGGUAGGAAUAAGUUAAAUCUCAUUAAUCUGACCCAACAGAGACUAGACCCGUCUGAUACUGGAUUUCUGAGGUCCAUAUCAAUAUUUGUGAAUUUUAAAAAUAUAUAUAUAUUGCCCAGUAAUAGGAACUCUAUAAACAUGUACAUCACAUAAACAAACAUUCUGCUGAUAAUACCCUAAAGUUGGAAGAGUUUUACUGAGCACAACACAGUGGUGAUAAGGUAUCAGACUGACUGAUGUAUUAAGGUUUUUAAUUGAAAAAUACAAUCAAAUGAAUGACCAAAUGAAAAUUAACAAGUAAUUCGUUGGAAAGUUACUGGGACCUAAAAGCAUCUGGAGCUGUUUUCUCCAUUCUUUGCAGGUGUAAUUCCUGCAGAACUGUGUCAUUGUGGGCACAAGUACCAGUUCCAGAAUCAUUGUAACUGCUGAAACAUAGAGUAACAGUAGCACAAGCAGAUCCAAAUCGUAAAGUCGGCAAACUGACACUAAUUACGUCAGCAAGAGGAUGUUUAGUCCUCAUAAAUUAACAUUUUCAGUUGCAAGAAGAGGAGUGUUUUAUUUCCUUUUUAGAAGUCACACAGUCUUACUGUAAACUGUAGCAGCAAUCAAAAUGUCAAAUACUGUAAAACAGAAUCACAAGCUAAGCUUUUGUCACCAGAAGCUACGGGUCAUUAGAGCUUUUUCAAAAAAUCAGUCAAAUGGAAUGAAAACUAACAAACACAACAAAAACAAACGCUUCAGCGAGUUAAGCCAAUGGGUCACUCAUUUAUUUCAUUUAAAAUAAAUGCCAAUGCCUGCUGUCCAAUGUUUUGUUUUCAGGUGGAUAAAAAAAUCAAUUAAGGCAGCUUUAAAUCUGAAUAGAGAAUAAGCUUUUGGCACUUCACAAUUUCUGAUAAUCAGUGGCACAAACACGUUUCUAUUAGUAGCAAAAAGUAAUCAGGUUCCAUGCCCAGCCCCAGGCAACAGUGGAUGUAGCCACACAGUGUGGUUCAAGCUAGAAACUAGGUCUCCCCAUACAAGAAGAAUGGUUGUACGAUUUUAAUCUCCAGUCUGCAUUCAGAUCAUAUCCAAACUUAGACUGAUAAUUCAGAUAAUUGUUUUCCAUUGAUUACAUUCCAUGAGAUUUUAGCAUCCAAGACAUAAAUAGACUCAUGAUGAUGAUGAUGAUGAUUCCUAAAAUCUCAGCCUUUUGAUUUGAUUGCUGUAAAACACAAGCUACAGUACGAGGAGAUGUCUGGUUGCAGAUACAGUGGAAUCACAGAUAAAGGAUCACACCUGCCUGCCUCCCUCUCACUGUCUGUACGUUAUUAUAGACUGUCAUAGGCAUCCUGAUGUACCACCAAGCAACAAAAACUUAUGAACAUCUCAUGUAUACUGUGCAGGACACCUUCCUCUAGGCUGUUAGAUGAGCAUCGCCAUGCCCAAGUGUAAAUGAUUCACCACUUUCAUUUGCAAGAGUGAAACAUAAUCCACAUUUAUUUUGAUAUCUGGUGUGCUUGUGGAAUCCCUGCAUUGAUGUUACAUUCAUAUUUUGCAUAUAUGUGGCUUUUAAAGAGGCUCAAUGCAGUGUUGUGGUUUCUAAAGACAUUUCAGCACCUUACCAAGAGCUAUAGCUUUUCCAGUGUCCCACAUAUACUCGGCAUUGGUAAACUAGAUGUGUGCAAUAAUAGGAAAAAAAAAAGGGUGUUGUCCUCCUGGAUGAUGUCCAUUCUUUUACUCAAGCGUCUCAUCUUGCAUUCCUUGGUUUUGAGCAUGGGGGCUGGAUCAGCAAGGAGUUCUUUGCUAAAGCCAUCAACCGAUACAAAACCAGCACUGAGAGUGACCAGAGCACAUCACUGGCAGGUCAGAGUGUUCAUAGACUCACUACAUGAUACUCCUUGUGUAAUCUGCAUUGUCAAAGUUCAUGCACAAUGGCAAUAAAAAAAACUAUUGGUUGUUUUGUC